ACAGUCCAGACAAACUCGGCGAGCCUCUUGUCCGACAGUCAGAACAGCACUCAGCCACUUAAUCUGAAUUAAAGGACUUUUUCAAAAAUCUUACAGCACGGCUCCUUCGGUUGGACUUUAGUGUCUCCCUACUGGACUGAAUAUUUGGGCCUGGUGCUGCUGAGCUCCAGUCCCAUCUAUUGCCUCUUCUCUGUCUCUUAACACACCUGCUACAGUGCCUGGCGGCAGGAAGAGACUGCUGACCUACCAUGUUUCUAGCUUUAGUGGUGACGCCAGAGCUGAGGGAGUUUCUGGCCAGGGCGAGAGGUGGAGCGGGGCGCCUCAUCAAGGUGUGCAUCCAAGACGAGCAGCUGGUGCUUGGGGCCUACAAAGAGCCAGAAAAGAGCUGGGACCAGGAUUAUGAUCACCUCCUUCUUCCUCUCCUGGAUGACCAGGAGCCCUGCUACAUCCUAUACCGCCUGGACUCCCAGAAUGCACUGGGCUACGUGUGGAUCUUCAUAUCUUGGUCUCCUGACCAGUCCCCAGUGAAACAAAAGAUGCUGUAUGCUGCCACCCGUGCCACAGUGAAGAAAGAGUUUGGUGGUGGCCAUGUGAAAGAUGAGAUGUUUGGCACAGUUGAGGAGGACAUCUGCUUGUUGGGCUACCAGCGUCAUGUGACAUCCUGCUCAGGUCCUGCCCCGCUCACACCAGCUGAGCAGGAGCUCCAGAGGAUCAGAAUCACUGAGGUGAGAGGUCAGCAUGCCCUCAGCAGGACAAUCAAGAUUUGUAUGUAUGCUUGCUGCCCCCUUCAGGUGACGACAGAGAUCAGUGUGGAAAGUAAGCAUCAGACGCUUCAAGGCCUCGCUUUCCCACUGCAGGAGACAGCCAAAAGAGCCCUACAGCAACUCGCUCAGAAACGCAUCAACUACAUACAACUGAGGUUGGAUGUAGAGAAGGAGACGAUUGAGCUGGUUCACUCCAACCCGACAGAAACUCGAGAUUUGCCCUGCAGAGUUCCCAAAGACACUCCCAGAUACCAUUUCUUCCUCUACAAGCACUCCCACGAGGGAGACUAUCUGGAAUCUGUCGUGUUCAUAUACUCCAUGCCUGGUUACAGCUGUAGCAUCAAGGAGCGGAUGCUGUAUUCCAGCUGCAAGAGUCGACUACUGGAAGAUGUGGAGAGAGAUUACCAUUUGGAAAUUGCUAAAAAGUUGGAGAUCGACGACGGAGAUGAACUGACAGACGAAUUUCUGUAUGAUGAGGUCCACCCUAAGCAGCAUGCCCACAGACAGGCUUUUGCUAAGCCCCGCGGCCCAGCAGGAAAAAGGGGACACAAGCGCCUUAUUAAGAGUACAGGGGCGUCCAUACAGGAAAGUUAGAGGUGGACAAAAGUUCUCCUGGACGUGUCUGCAGCCCUCUUGCUUUUCCCACACCCACUCAGUGACAUCUUGGUUUCCACUACCAUUUGUGUACUGACCACAGCAAACACUACACUUGUGAUAUAUGUUUGUUUGUUGUUGGUUUUUUUGUUGUUUUUUUGAUGAAAAUAUGCUGUUAAGUUAUUUUCAAUCUGUUCCUCUUGUUCAGUUUGUGUCCCACAGACAAAUCAGGAAAAUAAAUAGAUACUUGCUAUAAAAUCAAUAAGAAAGAAAUAGUCCGGUUGAAACUAAAACAAGUGGUCUUGAUGAUGUGAAACAAAUCUGUCUGACUGUUACUUUCUCAUGAGUUAGAUUCUCAGUAUAGUAACAGUUUACAAAACAAUAGACCUGUAUCAAGUAUGUUUUUUAUCAACACUGUUUUUAAGAUCGAAGCAAUAUGAAAGGAAAUUCCAAAUAAAAUGUUGUUUAUACUGUGGUAAUAGAUUGUUUUAGUACAGAUUUGUGUAUUUUUAUUCAACACACAGGUUUUAAUGCAUAUGGAUUUACUUCCUCUUACAUGUCUGUAAUUAUCCCACAUGGUUAGGAUGUAGUCUGUGAUGUAACCAGUUGUGUUGACAUAAAAAUGGGAUAACUAAUAAAAAAAAAAGUCACCCAAAGUAGAUUACUGUCCUAUCACAGAGGUUUUGAGAAUUAAAUCAUCAACUGUACAUUCGGUCCAUCAUCAGCACCCUCUUAUUGUGGCAAUAAAGCAAAGUGAGGCUGCCACAUUUGAAAAACAUAUUCUGAGUGUACUGCACAAAUCUGCAACCAUGGGUGCAUCAUCAAGCAAUUAUUGACGAAGAUUGAUUUAACUGCUAUCUGCUGUUUUAAGUUUCUGAAGUUACUUCAGCUGUAGGAUGUAAUCUUUGUAGAUACUGUAAACGUUUUCUCUUCAUGAUUGUGUUUGCUGCAUCUUACAGACACUUCUGCAGA